CCGAACGUGAGCAUAAACUCGAAAGAAGCGCAUUUGCAGAUGAAUAAAAUUAAUUUAAAAAUCUCAUCUGAGCUGCUUAGAGAGGUUAUGCUUUAGUUAUUUUUUGUUUUGUUUUUUUCGCUCGUGCGCAUAAGCCUUAAGGCACUUCCUUAUAACCAUAUUUAAUUUAACUCGAUUAAGCUCAACAGAGACAGUCAAGUGGGUUUGAAAGUUCCUAUGAGCUCUUGGGGUGAACCGUGUGAGCAGCCCAUUGGAUUGGAGGCUGUGAUUCAGAAGCUGGCAGAGUCUCUGGUGCACUCUGGCAGCAGUGGGGAAGAAACAUCAUUGAUGCUUUCGGAAGAAGGCCCUUGCCCAUCUGCCGUGCCCAUCCCUGUUUGCAUCCACCAGAUUGCCACUCACAACCUUGCUGAGCAACCUCCAGUCCCUGGCGAAGGGAUGCAGAGGGUCUCCUUGCAGGAUGAAAACGGGCUCCUGAAGGGCCCGGUGUCUCAGACCCAUAUGGACCAGGACCAGCUCCUUGUCAAGCAGACAGCACUCAGUGACAGGGUAGAACAGUUGCUGGAGGUGCAAUCUUGCAAUGUGGCUGGUGAUGGAACCCCCAUGGAGCACCGCAGGCUCAUGGAAGUGGAGAGAACCUAUAAGCAGAAACUACAAGCCUACCAGGAAGGGCAACAAAGACAAGCCCAGCUGGUACAGAGGCUGCAGGCAAAGGUGCUGCAGUACAAAAAAAGGUGUGGUGAGUUGGAGGAAGAGGUGCUGGAGAGAACAUCUGAGUGUGGAAGGCUGAAGCUCUCGUUGCAGGCCCACUUAGACACAUCGGCAGGCCACCUGCGAAGGCUGGAGCAGGAGUACAGCAUGGACCUCCAGAGCAGAAUUUGUCAGCGGGAGGAGGAGCAGAGGAGGUCUGCCAGCCUUGGUCAAGUUAACACCAUGCUUCGCAAGCAGUUGGAGCAGGCAAGUGCGGCCAACAGCAGCCUAAUCGAAAGGCUACGCAGGGCCCAGGAUGAGGCUGACCAGAAAGACAUGCAACUGCGCCGGGAGCAAGAGACAUGUGUGUCUCGGCUGAGCCGCAAGCAAGCCCGCGUACGAGCUCUGUGGCGCCAGACAGCCUCUCUGCGGAACUGCUUCACCCAACUGAGGGCGUCUGCUGACAGGAGUCUCUCGGAUAUGCGUAUAGAGUGUGUCGCCGUCAGCCAUCGCCUAUAUGCUGCUUGCAAGAGCCUUGAGGACCGCUUGUCUCUGCACAGCGCUCCUAAUGGACAGGAGGUCUCAUUGCUGGAGAAACAGUUGAAAGACAAGCUGAAGGAGGCCAUGCAGCUGCAAGCUCACUGGGGUGCAGAGAAAGUGGAACUGAACAGCAGAAUCCUGGACUUGACAAGUACUGUGAUGCAACUGCAAGGGAAGAUCACAGAAAAAGACAGAGAUUUGACCUCCCUGAAGAGCACUCUAGAAAGAAUGGAGAAGAGCAAAGCCAAGUGUUGCUCUGAGAUGGAGGAGCUCCGGAGAGAGAUCAGCAACUUGCAGCAGACCCUUAACAGUGUCACUCAGUUGGCUUGUGGAGACAGCGGUGCUUCUGAAGAUGCUAUAGAGGGACUGGACUCCCAUCAUCCUUCUCCUACCCAUCAGCAAAGUAGCCCCUGCCUGUCUUAUUCUGACAGAGCACUCAUGGUGGUACAGAACACCCUGUCCCAAUACAAGCUCCAAGUGCAGGAACUCCACACGCAGCUGGAAAACACCCAGAAGCAGAUGGCCACCCUGCACAGGCAGCUGCAGGAGGGAGAGGCAGAGCGCAAGGACAUUAUGCAGCGGGCUGAGCAGCUGCAGCAGGAGAGACAGCACUCAGAGAGGGCCUUUGAGGAGAGCUACAGGGAUGCCCAGGGGUACCGUUCAUCCCUGGAUAUCAUGGCUAGUGAGAAAGGGGACUUGGAGAAGCUUGUUCUCAGCCUCAACCAGCAGAUCGAUUCCCAGAGGGUCGAGCUGGAGGCUCUGAGAAGCGGUGACCUGGAACUCCGGCGCCAACAGGACCUCCUGCUACAGCAGCAGGAGGAGCUCAGGAGGGAGUCGGAGCACUGGCGUGCAGAGGCAGAGAGGAGAGAGAGCAGUUUGGAACAGCUUGAGGAUAAGUAUUCAAACUUACGGAAGGAGCUGUUGGUCCUAAAGGAGAAUCUGAGCCAUGUCACACUACAGAAAGAAAUGCUGGAAGAUGAGAAGGCCAGUCUAAGUCAGACUAUCAGCAAGAUUGAGCAACAAAAUGCAGAGCAGGUACUUGCUGUCACAAAGAUGCAAAGCGAGGAGGCAAGGCUCCGGGAUUCACUGGCCAAAAUGGGAGCCCUCACUGAAGGGUUAGCCAAGGAUAAAGUGGAACUGAACCGCAUGCUGCUGCAGGUGGAGCGUGAGAAGGCAGAGUUAGUGGAACGUAAAAGGGAGGUGGAGCUGGCGCGGACAGCAGCCAGAGAGAAGGUCAGCCGGUUGGAGCAGGAGUUGCUGGAUAUUUCUGCAGAGAAACGGACUCUGGAGUCCUCCCAGAAUCACCUGGUAGAGACCCAGCAGAGCCAAGAGGAAGAACUGAGGCUCUUGAAGAAGGAGAAGGCCCAAGCAGUGGAGCAGCAUGCACAGGCCAGCAGACAGAGACGUGCCCUGUCGGAGCAGUUGGCACUGAGCCGGCAAGAGAUGGAGUGCCAGGCUGCAGCAUUGAACAGAGCGGUCCAGGAGAGAGAAGCGUUGGCCAAAGACAAGGCCUGCCUGGAGGUCCAGCUGAGUGUGGCUGAGCGCAAUGCCCUGGGGCUGGCCCAGGAGCUCACUGCUCUCCGCACCAGGGCUGAGAAGGAGGCUCUAGAAAGUGCUGUGUUCGAGGCCCAGGAGCUGACGUCGGUCCUGGAGAAGGAAGGCGUGCAGCUCGACGCCGAGAAACAGGGCCUGCUGCAGGCUAAGGAAGCCCUGACACGUGAGAUUGCGCGGUUACAAGGAGAACUGGAACUGCAGGCCAUACGAUGUGAGCAGGAGCGAAAGAUGCUGGAGGGCAGGAUGGCCCAGGCAGAGGAAGACGCCCAGCUGGCCCUGAGCAACAGUGAACGUAGCCACCGACAGCAGCUGGAUGCUGAGAAGGAGCAGCUGCGCACAGAGCUUAUUGCGCAGUCGAAGGAGGUUGAGCGCCAGCUGCGGCAGGAGUGUAAGGAGCUGCGUGUGCAGAGCCAGGCUGAACGGGAGCAGCUGCAGCAGGAGCUGGUCAGGUUGCAGAAGGAGCUCAAAGAGAGCCUACGACAAGCCGAGUACCACAAACAGCAGGCCCUCUCCCUGAAGGAGGUAGAGAAAACUGCCCUAAGUGAGAAGCUUACAACCCUUCAACAGGAGUUGGCUGCUGCAGGCAUGGAGAUGGAAAGGUUGCAAAGAAACACACUGAGCCAACAAGAACAAGACAAGAAAACCAUCUCAGACUUGAACUCAGAGGUGCAGGACUUGCACCUGCAUCUUGAGGAGUUGCAGAGCUCCCAGGAGGAAGCAAUGCAGAGGCUAAGGGUGCAGAUCAAGGAAGAGGCUCACAGCAGGGAGUCUGCAUUGCAGAAGGCAGAGGCGUUGCAGAAGAAGCUCCAGGUGGAGGAGGAGGGGCGGAAGGCAGGCCAGCAGGAGCUUCAGGAGGCACACCGUGAGCUGCGGAAGUGUGUCCAAGAGAAGGAUGCCCAACAGAACGAGGUGCUGGAUUUGAGACGGGCACUGGGUGAUGAGAUUCAAGAUAAGGAGGCCUUACUGAACUCCAACCAGGAGCUAAGAAGCUUAAUCAAGAAAGCUGAGAGUGAUCGUAUCAGUCUGAGACAAGCUCUGGAGGAGAAGGAGAAGCAACUAUUGGUACUUGAGGAUCGCAAGUCCUCCCUCCAGCAGGAGGCAGCAGAGCUCCGAAGUAGUCUGCAAAUUCUGGAGAGGUCUCGGCUACAGGCGCGCAGAGACAUGCAGGAGCUGCGCAGACAGGUGAAGACAUUACAGGAAGAGGUUGGGCAGCGCAGCCAAGAGUUGCAAGACCUGCAGUCGCGCCUGUCUCGGGAAGAGCUCCAGGAGGAAGCUUCUCGUCGGGAGGCUCUUGCCCUCAAGGAGAGGGCACUGGAGAGUGAGGCUGCCAGGGAGGCAGCACUGAAAGAGGUGACGGGGCUGCACAACUGCAUCAUGGAGCUGCAAGAAGCUAAGCGCCAUUGUGAGGAAGAGCUGAAAGUCUCAAAGGCAAAGCUUCGGGAGUCUGAGAGAAGGCAUAAGGAGGAUGUGGAGCGGCUUGAGGGGUCUCUUCAGGAUGCAGCGCUCCAGAUGAGAGAGGUCAGCCUGAGGGCCAGCUCAGCUGAAGGCCGAGUCCAAGGCCUGGAAGAGCAGCUGGGCAAGGGAGACUCUGUCUGCAGGGAGCUGGAGAAGAGGCUGACCUGUUUGUCCUCCAUCCUACGCUGUACCCUGGGAAUUGGUUGGAGUGGCCGCUGUCAGGUCCCCAACUCCAAACGGGAAGCUUCUCCAAAUAAGGGACGUGAAUGUCUGGAGAGGAGCACCACCUCCCCUAGCCGAGGUACCGGCCGGUCCCCGGUGCACUCAGUACCUACUCCACAAGCAGAAACAUGGGACUCGGAGCUGGAGAGAGUGCAGGAAGCACUCCGCAAAUUCCUACAAGAACUGCGGGAUGCUCAGAAAGCCAGGAAUGAAGCUCAAGUGCAGGUGCAGAAUCUGUCCCAUCAACUGGAAGAAGUGCAGAGUAGCAGGGACAGGAUCCAAAACCAGCAGCAGCUGCUGCAGAAAGCCCUGACCAAGGUGGAGGAGGACAAGAAGGAGGCAGUUGAUCGUCUCAAGGUGCUGCAGACAUACCUCGUUGCUCAGGAGGAGGCACAGCGGCAAGCGGACAAGGAGCGGCAGCACCUAAAGGAGGAGGUGGCCAUGCUGAAAUGCCGUCUGCAGGCAGCUGAGGCUGAUGCAAGGGCACUGCAGGAGAAGCUGGUGCAGGCACAGGCCACCGAGAGCAUUCUGGAUGCUGAGCGCGAGAGGCUGAAAGAGACCCUGGAGGCAGCGAAGGGCAGGGCCUCCCAGCUGGAGCUGCACCAGCACAGCCUGGACGGGGAGCUACAGCGGAUACGGACUGUCGCAGCCGAGAAGGAAGCAGACGUGGGUGCGCUGCAGGAGCAGUUGGCAGCAUUGCAGCGGGAGCUGGGGGAGAGCAAGGAGAGGUGUGGCACCCUGCGAACGGAUGCUGAGAGGCAAGGAGCAGCACUUGCCCGUGCCGAGAGCAGGGAGAGCAAGCUGCAGGACCAACUCCAGAGCCUAUCAGCCUCCCUGAAUGAGGCUAGCGCCAGCGUCGGGGCUCUGCAGGAGCAGAAUGCUCAGCUGCAAAAGGGCCUGGCAGCCAGUGAGCAGGAGGGCAGAAAGCUCCAGGAACACCUGGAAACAACACAGGAGGCGCUCUCCAAGUGUACGAAUCAGAAUUAUGGACUUGCGGUACAAGUCCACAACCUGCAGAGGUCCCUGGAGGAGAUGGAAGAGAGGAGACAUGAGCUGGAGGUUCAGACAAAGGCACUUCAGGAGACCCUGAAACAGAGGCAGGACAACGACAACGAAAGAUCUCGGCAGCUGCAGGAAGAGAAGAACAGCCUGCGGGAGCAGGUGACCAGCCUGCAGAGCUCUCUGGAGAGGCUGCAGAGUGAGAGGAGCCAGCUGGGGACGGUCCUGGCUCAUUUGGGCAAAGACAAGGCCUCCCUGAGGAAGAUCUUGGACAAGGUGGAGCUGGAGAGGCUGCGGCUGGAGGAGGAGCUGGCACGUGUGGCUCGUGAGAGGGAACGCCUAGAGCAAGAGCUGAGCAGCAUGCGGGCAGAGGUGCAGCAGCUGCAGGCCAAGAUCUCCCAGAUGGAGCGGGCACACCCCCAGCACCUCCUAGAGGUGGAGGAGCGCCACCAGCAGGAGUUGGAGGUAGAGACCAGGCACUUGAUGGCUGCCCAACAGCAGGCGGAGCACGCUCUGGAGGUCCGGGAGAAGGCUCACCGACAGAGAGUAACUUGCCUAGAGGAACAGGUGUGCAUACUGAAGGAACAACUGGAGCAGGAGAUGCGGAGGAGGCAGGUCUACGUCAGCCAGAUGAUGCAGCCAGAGAUGUAGCUGGAGACCAGAGCCGCUCCGUGGUGUUGAGCAGGACGGUUCGGCUCUGAAAACGGCUCCCUCGGAUCGCAGAUAUUUCUGCAUGUCACCCUGCACAGAGAUUUAAACGAGGAGCCCGUUGAACUGCACACAGGAAAAAGCACGUGCGUGCCGUGAGCAGCUUCAGCAGCAGGAGAGAGCGGCACAUGGAGUCUUGGGGCUCCGGGUGAGGUCUGACGCAGCAGGAGUGCUGGAAUUCAGUAAUCCAGGCACAUAUUCACAAACAACAACAAACAAAGAAAGGGCUGUUUCCCAAUGCAUCCCUGUGGCACAUUGUUUAAAGGACUCACUCCAAACAGUCACAGUAGUUAGAAUUUAAUUAAUCUCUUUGUGCUGCUAGUUUUUCAGGAAAUGCUCACCAGAAGAUGGAACCUCAUUGUUUUCAUGGUUAGCACUACUGUGAUUAAUUCAAUAUACUGGUCCGAAUAAAUUAUCAUAAUGAGUGUAGAGCACUCAAACCAGACUGCUCAAUUGAAAGGAUGACCUGUUUAUCUUACAAAUGAAUGAAUUAAUGAAAACAUUGUUAAUCCAAGAGUGAAACUGCAAUAGGUUGCAGCAGCAUACACUGAUGAAACUUGAAGCAAAUAAGACAAUAAACAAAUAAACAUUUUUAAUAAGUAGAUAAAUAUAAAUAAACAAAUAAACCUGUUUAGACACAAGAAAAAGAGGGUGAAUGUCCAGGAAGAAUUCUCAUCUUAAUGUUUUCAUUUUAAUAAUGAUUAGACAUGGUGGUAAAAAAGUUGUUUCAGAGACAA